AUGCCGAAGGAGAAGAAGAUGAAGCGCCGGCGCCAGGCGACGACGGCCGAGGCCGCGGGCUCGGGCCAGAACUCGCACGGGCGCACGCUCGCGACGCCCAACACGAGCUUGGGCCAGCAUUUCCUCAAGAACCCGAUGAUCGCGUCCGAGAUUGUCAACAAGGCGGCGAUCCGCGGCACGGACAUUUGCCUCGAAGUCGGUCCUGGUACGGGUAACAUCACGGUCAAGCUCCUCGAGCAGGCCAAGAAGGUCAUCGCUGUCGAAUUCGACCCGCGCAUGAUUGCCGAGGUGCAGAAGCGUGUGCAGAACACGGAGCACGCCAACCACCUCCACAUCAUCCAUGGCGAUGCGAUCAAGGUCCAGCUGCCGUUCUUCGACGUGUGCGUGGCCAACUUGCCGUACCAAAUUUCGUCGCCGUUCGUCUUCAAGCUCCUCGCGCACCGCCCCAUGUUCCGCUGCGCUGUCGUCAUGUUCCAGGAGGAAUUUGCGAAGCGGUUGAGCGCGCGCCCCGGUGACGAACUCUACUGCCGCCUCUCGGUCAACACGCAGCUCCUCGCCAAGGUUGACCAGCUAAUCAAGGUCGGCCGCAACAACUUCCGCCCGCCGCCCAAGGUCGAGUCGCGCGUCGUGCGUAUCGAGCCCAAGAACCCGCCGCCGCCCGUCAACUUUACGGAGUGGGAUGGUAUGGUCAAGAUCAUCUUCAACCGCAAGAACAAGACGCUGCACUCGUGCUUCACGACCAAGUCGGUUCUCAAGAUCCUCGAAGACAACUACCGCACGUACUGCUCGCUCAACAGCUUGGUACUAUGCACAGUCUGGGACAGCAGCAAGGUCUUUAUGAAGUUCAUCGAGAAGCAGCGCGCGUCGCGCUUCGACUUGGCGCUCGCGCAGCACAAGCGCAAGAAGGCGGCAAUCAGCGUCAUUGAGCUUGGCGCUGGGUGCGGCCUCGCAGGCAUUGCCUUCGCUAAGCUCGGCUACCACGUCGUGCUCACAGAUGUCGGGCCCGUCCUGCAAUGGCUCACGCAGAACGUCGCGUCCAACUUUAGCGAGGCCGAGACCGCAGGCCGCGUCUUCGUGCACGAGUACUCGUGGGGCACAUCAUGCGCGUCCGUGUCGUCGCUCCUUCCCGAUACGCCACCCUUUGAUAUCAUUUUGUGCGCCGAUGUCCUCUACGACGUCGCAGCGGUCAAGCCACUGAUCCAGUCGAUCCUCGCCCUCGCCAACCGCAAGACAAUCAUCUACAUUGCCAACGAGCGCCGGAGUCCCGCGACGCGGGCAGAGUUUGUACGCCAUCUCGACGCCGAGUUUGUGUGGAAAGAGAUUUCAAAAGACGACGUCGACCCGGCGUACGACCGCGAGGCCAUCGAGGUGUUUGAAGCGCGGCGCAAGCACUCCAAGAUCCCACUGCACUUGGCGAUCCACGCAUCCGAGGCGGCCAUUGCAACCAUGAUCGAAGAGUAA